AUGGAUAAUUUUAAUGCCCGUAAUAUGGAAAUGCAGAGAUCGGUAUCAUCAACACAAAACAUAAUGUGCAGAAGUUCUAAAAAGCCAAGAAGAUUCCGCAGUGCGUUUACAACGGAGCAAAUAAAAUAUUUAGAAAAGGAGUUCAAAAAGUUUCCGUACAUAGGAAACACAAACCGACAAGAAAUAGCAAAUGUUCUGAACAUUCCAGAAAGAGCCAUUAAGAUUUGGUUUCAAAACCGGAGAAUGAAGGAGAAAAAAGAUACAAGUCGAGAAAUAAACAACGUGAAUCAAAAUAAAUUAAUUACUGUGAAUUUAACUAACGAUCAAUUAAAUAAUGGUAAUAAAUUGCAAUCGACUAAUGAUGAAGUUCGUAUCACAACAUCAUUAAAAAGUACUAAUGAAGAUUCUAAUGUCGAUCAUGGAAAAAUGAAAGAAUGUAAAGCAGGUUUGCCUAAUCAACAAUGCAAUCAAACAGCUCUGGCUGAUUUUAGAGAACAUGAAAUAACAACAACUACAGAAAAUAUUACAUCACCAUAUUUCACUAUUAGUUCUACUAAUAGAUAUGAAGAUGAAAGACAAAAUCAAGUGCCUGAAAGGAGUGUAUCUCUAGUUAAUAAAAUGGAAAUGUUUUCUACAAAAAAUAACAACAUAUUACCAAAUGUAGGCGAGCAUAACAAAUUACCUAACCAGGUUCAAUAUUCUUCACAAGCCCAAGAAAUACCUGAAGAUUUAUCUCGACGCAAUAAAGUUCCGGAUUGUCAUCAAGUUAACUUUACGGAUAAUAUUCGAAGCGAUUCCGGGAGUACGCCAAUUUAUCUGCAAAACUGUUAUACACCUACGUGUGUUACAUCUGGGAAUGUAUUGCUGAAACCAGUAAAUGUUCCCUACACUUCUUUCGUACCAGGGAUUACUCCCUUACAAAAUUCGUAUCCUAGAUCAUUGGUCCUCAAUCAACAGAAUAUUCGCAAAAAUAACUGUCACUGUGACUGCCAUCUGCAAUUUGUUCCACAAGUCAUUCAAGAUCAGAGUCAAGGUCAAUAUAUCCCUAUAUUCACAAUUCCAUACCCAAACCCGGACUUGUAA